GGAGGGUAUAAGGAGGAGUGAGAGGCAGUUCUCCCCUUUUCCGCCUACACAUGAACACAUACAAACACACACUCCAGCGCCCGCACACACACACACGCACAUAUACACACGUACAUACUUCUGCACAUCACCAUACUUGUACAAACGCACCACAAUGCCGCGCCACCGCUCUCGAAAACGAGCCGUUUACACUGGGAAAAAAGGAUAUGAAAAGAGAAGGCAUCUCGCUCCCAGGAACAGAUCGAAGUAUUAACGAAGGCUGGAAGAGUUUCCAGAUGGUUCAGCUGGUAACAGCAACGUGACGUCUUUUUAUUUCUUUGAAUGAUCGCUCGCCGCAACAGUUCGAGUGAAAUCGCCACGCCACAAUAUUUGAGGACGUUACGCCAUAAUGUGACAGAAGCUUAGCUGAGAGAAGAAAAAAAAAUAUAAAAAACAGAAUCGACCCAUAUGAAAAGAGAGAGACGGAGGAAGAGAGAGAAAGAGCGGGGGAUGGAUUCUGGAAGCAGGCCGUCGUGGCAGCGGUGACGGACUUAGACAGUUCAGUGAGGAUAACGUUACUGAGGAGAAGAGGAGGAGGAGGAGGAGGGCGAGGAGGAGGCAGGAGGAAAGGGAAGAGAAGACAUGGAGGGGAGAAAAGGUCGGCGGAGGGUCGCAAGCACGCUGAAUGAAGAACUGGGAGCGGAAAUCGAGAAAUUUCGACUGGUGUUCCCAAGCACAAACAUCGGACAUGCUGACACUGGACUACCGACCACUGGUCAACACCCGUCGCGCAGCCCCAAGGAGGGGAGGAGGGGGAGGAGGGGGAGUGGAGGAGUACGAGAUCCGGUUCGGCUUUCCACUUCGCUCCCAAGAGAAAGAAGCCGGAGAGCGUACUGUCGCUGCGCACAUUUGAAAAGUUACUCGGUAUCGAUGGCUAGCGUUCUUCGCGGGGCGGGGGACUCAUGAACGAAAAGCUGAUUGGUCACAGCGAGUGGAUGAAGGACAACCAAAUUCCCUCACCUGUGACAGCCAACACUUGGAGGCGCUUCAGUGGUGAUUGCACUGUGAUUUCAAGAUGCCACGCGGCAUCUCGCCCAUGAAAAGAAGGAAAAAUACCUUAACGCCACAAUGACAUCUGUGGCAAAUGUUUGUGACGUCACCACGGAAGUGCCAGAAAGGAGGUGCUCAAGAAACAUCCGAAUAAUGCUCCAAUGGCUAAACAGCUAAGGGAAGCCGCCAAGACCAUCAAUUAGACGGAAGGCCAUCAACCGUAGACGAUAACCCGCCAUCAUUCGCCUGCAACGAAUAUCCCAUUCACGUUUCCUUAUCAUUUCUUUUAUCCAGUUUUUAUCAGCACUGGACGGAGAACUGAUAAGGGCUUGUGAGGGAACAAGCUUCACGCAAGACAUAUUCCCCAGAAGAAGAAUCACAAACAAAAGUUAAGACCCAAAGAUGAAUAAGGAAGGAAAGGUACUUCUGGGACAGAGGCUUCUUCAGUUUCAUCUCUGUCCAAGAUAUUACGAAACUCUCCUGAUUGUGUGCCUGGGGAAAGAAAGAGAAAGAGAAAGAGAGAGAGAGAAAGAGAGAGCGCGCCAGAGCGAACGAUAGAGAAAGAAUAUAUAAAUAUAUAUUUGUACAAAGAAAAACAAGAAUGAAUGCAUUUUACAGACAUAUAAAUAUAGGAUAUGAAACUAAUAGUUUGUGCAUGCAACAUA